CUGGGCUUCUUCCCCGAAUGGGAAUGGGCCGCGUGUGGAUGUCGUGUCGCCGGCCACGCACGUCUCGCCCUCCUCCCGACCGACUAUAUAAACCCCUCCUCUCCCCAUCGCCUCCCUCCCUCCCUUCAUCUCCCUCUCCGGCGAGGGCACCGCACCAUCUUAUCAUAUCAUUAGAUUAGUGCUACUAGUUUCAAUUACCCGCACGCAAAGCUCUCUCUAUCACUCUUAUCAUAUACCAUCGUCCGGUAUCUAUCGAAGCAAGCUUGCUGUUCUUGUGCUGCAGAAGGGGCGGUCCUUUGAAUUUGGUUAUCCGAGAUGACGGUGACACCGCAAAUCACGGUGAGCGACGGGAGGCUGGAGGUCCGCGGCCGGACGGUGCUCUCCGGCGUGCCGGACAACAUCACCGCAGCGCAUGCUGCCGGGGCCGGGCUCGUCGACGGGGCCUUCGUGGGUGCCACGGCCGGCGAGGCCAAGAGCCACCACGUCUUCACCUUCGGGACUCUCCGCGAUUGCCGGUUCAUGUGCCUGUUCCGGUUCAAGCUGUGGUGGAUGACGCAGCGGAUGGGCACCUCCGGCCGCGACGUCCCGCUGGAGACCCAAUUCAUCCUCAUCGAGGUCCCUGCCGCCGCCGGCAACGACGACGGCGACAGCGAGCCGGUGUACCUGGUGAUGCUGCCGCUGCUGGAGGGGCAGUUCCGCACGGUGCUCCAGGGCAACGACCAAGACCAGCUCCAGAUCUGCAUCGAGAGCGGGGACAAAGCGGUGCAGACGGAGCAGGGCAUGAACAGUUUGUACAUCCACGCCGGCACCAACCCCUUCGACACCAUCACCCAGGCCGUCAAGGCCGUUGAGAAGCACAUGCAGACAUUCCACCACAGGGAGAAGAAAAAGCUGCCGUCGUUUGUGGACUGGUUCGGGUGGUGCACGUGGGACGCCUUCUACACGGACGUGACGGCCGACGGUGUCAAGCAGGGCCUCCGCAGCCUGGCGGAGGGCGGCGUGCCACCGCGGUUCCUCAUCAUCGACGACGGCUGGCAGCAGAUCGGCAGCGAGAACAAGGAGGACCCCGGCGUCGCCGUCCAGGAAGGGGCGCAGUUCGCGAGCAGGCUCACCGGCAUCAAGGAGAACACCAAGUUCCAGAGCGAGCAUGACCAGGACGACACCCCGGGGCUGAAGCGGCUGGUGGAGGAGACCAAGAAGGGGCACGGCGUCAAGAGCGUCUACGUCUGGCACGCCAUGGCCGGCUACUGGGGCGGCGUCAAGCCGUCGGCGGCCGGGAUGGAGCACUACGAGUCCGCGCUGGCCUACCCGGUGCAGUCGCCGGGCGUCACCGGCAACCAGCCGGACAUCGUCAUGGACUCGCUCUCCGUGCUCGGCCUCGGCCUCGUGCACCCGCGCAAGGUCUACAACUUCUACGACGAGCUCCACGCCUACCUGGCCGCCUGCGGCGUCGACGGCGUCAAGGUGGACGUGCAGAACAUCGUGGAGACCCUCGGUGCCGGGCACGGCGGCCGCGUCGCGCUCACCCGCGCCUACCACCGCGCGCUCGAGGCCUCCGUCGCCCGCAACUUCCCGGAUAAUGGUUGUAUCUCAUGCAUGUGCCACAACACCGACAUGCUCUACAGCGCCAAGCAGACCGCCGUCGUGCGCGCCUCCGACGACUUCUACCCGCGCGACCCCGCGUCGCACACCGUCCACAUCUCCUCCGUGGCUUACAACACGCUCUU